AUGGCUUCCGCAGUUCGGGGAAAGAUAGUUUCUGUGUUCAAAUUACACGGCCUCUCGCUCAAAACAGAGGCAACAAAGUUUCUGACAGAAGUACUGAGCCCCCUGACUGAAGUUGAGCUGGAGGAUUGGCUCGAUAAAAUUGUAGAAGGCGUUCAGAAACAACCAUUAUCUUCCUCCCUCGUCGAUCGAGAAAUCGCCGAGCAAGCUGUACAGGAGUGUAGUCAGUCAUCGGAGGACGACAGUGAUAAAGCUUUCACUAUCAUCGACGCUUUCAGCGUGCCGAGAUUUACCUUCAAUCCGGACAGGAAAAAGUUUCUUCCGAGCAGUGGAUGUGUGGCACUGCAUUCCAAUAAUGCAAAUGCUAAACCGGAGGUAAGCUCACCGGCAAGGCAAGGUUCAGACGCCGAUAUUUUCAUGAGCCGAACCCAAUUCGAAUUAAGGCCGACCCAAAUUAUUUAGACCGGCUGAAUUGAUUCAGACGCCGAUCUUAAUCGCAGCUGAACUAAGCUCAAAAAGGGAAAAAUGCUGAUUUCGGUCAAACUGCUUACAAAAUACGUUAUAAUAAUUUAUGCUUUAGGCUCAGUACAUGAAAAGUUCGUCGUCUGAAUCAAAGCUGUUCCAAAGUCGUUACAGGGGAAAUGUUCGGCCAGGCUAGACGAAAAGAACGGCUGAACAGUUCCAAAUUGAAACAGGCGUUCCUAAUUGGGGGGGUGGGGGGUCCUGAGGUGCCUGUGACCCCCCCUUGGUAGGCCUUCUUUUGAGCAAACAACCUACAAUAUUCAGGUGGCGAUAAUGCCAUGACAAUAUCUUGGCCGUAAAAGCCAUUGUUGAAAAGCCCCCUUUUUUAAAAUUUCUUUUUUGUAAGGUAUUUUCGUCAAUGGCUCUUGUCUUUAGUUAAUAUGGGCCUACAUGCCGCGAUAAUACGACUGAGCCCGCUGAUGCACGAGGGAGAGCAGCGGUAUAAACCAUAUAUAGUCGGCUAUCCCCGGAUGGUGUCCCUGUCGGUGACCCCCCCUUUGAAAAAUCCUGGCAACGCCCCUGUGUACUUAAUUCAAUGUAUUAGGUUCGGCUAUUGAAAAGUUUGGCAUCUGAACCGGGCCUAAGUUCUUCAUAAUGAGCUCAAACCCCUCCCACCAAAAAAGGCGAAGGCAGCAAAAAUAGGUCCAGACAAUUGAAAAUAAAAUGCAAAUAUCGAGGCAAAGUUUAAAAAGGGAAACAUUGAACUCAGAGCUAGAAUUUUGCCUCCACCCUCUCCUCCCACGAAUUUAAUACUCUGAGCCUGUUUAGGUGGUCCUUUACCUGUGAGGGUAGUUAGUGUUGAAGAAACUGAGAAUCAUUCUAAGUUGAAACCCUUAAAACCUCAAUUUCAUUUUGACCUAAAACGCCUGCACUGCUCUUCCCACUCUUCAUACAACUCCCAUAGUGUCUGGUUUGAAACAUUUGAAAACCUUUUAUAAUAGCCUUGGCAGUUUCAAUAAAAUUCAGCAGAGGCAACUUUGAAGUCUUUUUGUAACAGCCAAACAAAGCAAAAUUUUUUUUCUGUUUUGUUUCAGCCUCGCUCUCAUUAGAGGCCCAGGGCUGCGUUGCCCCAGCUACACUGUAUUUUGAGUGUGAGCGUGGCUUCUCAGUUAGAAGCAUGAUACUGACGGCUAAAGAAAACGUCAACUCCCUGGCUACCCCUUUGUUGUUUUGCCUGUGUCAUAAUAUAAUGGAGUCCUGUUGGGACAGGGAAUUAUGUAAUUUUUCAAGUUCCUUACGUUCCUUAUUUUUCAAGUUCCUUAUAUUUUGCUAUAUUUAGGAUGGGGCUGUAAUUAACUGAGGCAUCGCCACUUGUUAAAUAUUACCCAGAGGUGGGUUGGGGCAAUAAACAUUUUGCAAAUUAAUUUACUCAUGCACUGAUUUUUGUCUAUUCUUUGACCAGGUGUUCAGAGAGAGGUACAAUAUUUUAUACCAGAGAACCAUGAGACAUGAGUUGUUUUCACCUGUGGCUGAAGGAGCCAAUCAGAAUCAAGUGGCAGAAAAAUUUGCUCUCAAGCCAGUGGAGUUUCUCCUUGGAAGCACAGCUAAACUCGGGCAGCUUAUUGUACUGGGCAUGAUGACGCAAAUCAAGGAGGGGAAAUACUUCCUUGAAGAUCCAACUGGGGUGGUGGAACUGAAUUUGAGACAGGCUACAUUCCACACUGGUCUUUACACUGAAAAUUGCUUUGUGCUUGCAGAAGGUGCUUAUGAAGAUGGUAUUUUUCAUGUCAAAGCGUUGGGUUUUCCACCAGCUGAACCAGGACAGGUGACCAGAAAUCACUUUGGCAACAUCAACUUUUUUGGUGGACCAUCUUCUACCAGCCCGAAAGCUUCAGCAAAGCUUAAAGCAAUUGAGAGAGAGAAUCACGAUGCCAUGUUUGUGAUCUUGUCAGAUGUUUGGCUAGACCAGCCGAGAGUAAUGGAGAAGCUGCGGGCUCUGUUCUCAGGGUACUCUGCAGCACCUCCAGCCUUGUUCAUCCUGUGCGGUAACUUCACAUCAGAGCCACAUGGGCCUCAUCAUUAUCACACUCUUAAAGAAUCUUUCCAAGCAUUUGCCAAACUAGUGGCUGAGUUUCCACCGUUAAUAGAGAACAGUCGCUUUGUGUUUGUGCCAGGCACCCAAGAUCCAGGGCAAGGCAACAUCCUACCACGGCCUCCGAUUCCUUCACUUUUUACUUCAGCAAUCACUGCAAAAAUCCCCCUCAGUAUCUUUACAACCAAUCCUUGCAGGAUCCAGUACUGCACACAGGAGAUCAUUGUAUUACGUGAGGACCUCAUCAACAAGAUGUGCCGUAACUCAACUAAUCUGCCAUCGGACUUAAAAGACAUACCUGUUCAAUUAAUGAAAACCGUCUUAGCUCAAGCUCAUCUGUGCCCUAUUCCUCCUUAUGUGAGGCCCAUAUAUUGGACUCAGGAUCACUCCCUAAGGGUUUAUCCUGUGCCAGAUCUCAUGAUACUAGCAGAUAAGUACGACCCUUACACGUGA